AUGAUGACGAUCGUGGUACUAACACGUCCGGCAAUGGUAUCCCCGGUGAAUGUGCUGCUUUGUUCGAUAGCAAUUUGCGACGUACUAGUGAUGACUUCCUAUCUGAUUUUCGUUACCCACUUUCUGAUCACUGCAGCAAAUCGUUGCCUAUACACGGAUUACAGUUAUCUAUGGACAGUAUUCACUUUGGUCCAUGCGCAUGCAUCCGUUAUACUGCACUCAACAAGCAUAUGGCUCACUGUGAGUAGUCCUUACUUUUUGAACACUUUUCUUGCGAAAACUGUGAUUAUCGCUGAUGUAAUGAUUUUUUCAAUAAAAUUGGCAUAUUAUUUGUCCAAAUAUAAAUGA